GUUUCCUUUAACCAGAGUUUGCCGACAAACUAAAAAAAAGUAUUUUUUUUACUCUGUUUUUAGGUCUUUUCAUGUAGCAUAAAUGCCGAAACUUUCGCCCAAAGCUCCGGGUUCCGUAGCUGUCUGCGUCUGCGUUCAUUGCUAGGCGAUGGACGGCCAGCAGAUCCAGGUGAGCGACGAAGAGCCCAGAGUCCUGCGAGAAGAGACCCGGAGGAGGAGAAGAAAGAAGGCCAUCACGUCGUCCUCCUGCACCUCCAUGGAUCAGAUCACCGUUGAGUUCAUCCUGCCCACCGCGACACGGGGCGGGAACAGCCCCGACACGCUGCGGCUGGAGGUGGCUGCGAACUGGACGGUAGAACAGGUGAAAGCUCAGGUGUGGCUGAAGGCGGUGACUUUAAACCUCUGUCCCGACUUCUACCAGCGCUUUUCUCCCGACCACUGCAUCCUGCUCUACCAGAAGAAAGGCAACGUGUGUGAGAUCUACGAUAAGCACCAGGUGUUCCAGACGCUGGACUGCAUCCGAUACUGGAGAGCCCUGAAAAAAGACGUGGGGCGGAUCCAGCUGGUCCCCCGUCCUCAGCCCUCAGACGAGUCCCAGCAGUACCAGCGCUACCUCAACUACCUGAUCGGCUACGACGUGACUGAUGUCAGCAACGUGCACGACGAUGAGCUGGAGUUCACCCGCAGGAAGCUGCUGACGCCGCGACGCAUCGAGCUGUCUGACCGCGACCCAAAACUCUACUCCAUGGACCCCUGGGUGACCCCCAAGCCGCUGCCUGAGCACCUCCUCAGCAAGGUCGGUAACGGUCACAUCCUGGUGGUGAUCCACAUCAGAACGACCAGCCAGACCAUCAAGGUCUCCAUCGAUGACACGCCAGCACAGGUAUUAGCGAGCUUUUUCACCAAGACAGCAAAUAAGAGAGUCUUGCUGGGCAUUCCUGACAACAUGUGUGAGGCAGACUUUGUGCUGCGAGUGUGUGGAAGGGAGGAGUACCUGUAUGGGGAUAAACCGCUGCAGAACUUCAACUGGAUCCGUCAGUGUCUGAAGAACGGGGAGGAAAUCCACCUGGUUCUGGAGGCGCCACCUGAUCCAGACCUGGAUCUGGUUCAGAAGGAGGACUGGGCACAAGUAGACGACUGCACUGGAGUUGCAGGUACUCAUGAGCAGCUGACCAUCGAUGAGAAGGACCAUGAACGCGUGUUCACCAUCUCUAUGUGGGACUGUAACAGGAAGUUCAGAGUGAAGGUGCUGGGUAUUGACAUCCCAUCCCUCCCUAAAAUCCCAGAGUUUGUUGUCUUCAUAGAGGCCAGCAUCUUCCAUGGCCAACAGCUUUUAGCCCAGGAGAGGACGUCCUCUAAGACCUUCAAUGAAGAAGUGCUAUGGAACUGCUGGUUGGAGUUCAGCAUUAAGAUCAAGGACCUGCCUAAAGGAGCACGCCUCAACCUCCAGGUGGUCUGUGGGAAGCAGUCAACGACCCCAAACCCCAAGGGAGCGUCUGCCUACCAGGAUAAUACAGCAGGGACAGGCAGCCAUGAAGGAAAGAUGAAGAGCCGUCUUCUGUACUACGUCAACCUGCUGCUGAUCGACCACCGCUCGCUGCUGCGCCAGGGCGAGUUCAUCCUCCACAUGUGGAAAAUGCCAGAGAAGAGCGACGAGAGCAGCAGCAGCAUCAACGCAGACAAGCUCACCUCAGCCACCAACCCAGACAAAGCCUCCGCCAUGGCCAUCGCCAUUCUGCUCGACAAGUACUGCUACCCCGUGGUGCUGCCCAAGAGCCGGGACAUCGGGGGCCGGGACGUCGCGGUCGGGAGCGAGGAGGCGGAGGGAGGGGAGCGCGGUCAGAGGGAGAUGCCCAACCACCUGAAGAAACAGUUUGCAGCUAUCGUAGCCACUGACCCCCUGCACCCACUCAGCCCUGAGGACAAAGAGCUGCUGUGGCACUUCAGGCAGGAGUGUAUGCGCGACCCCAGGGCCUACCCGAAGCUUCUGGGUUCAGUGAGGUGGGGGAAACAGGAAGAUGUUUUGGCAACGCACCGUCUGUUGGAGCGCAGCAGUGCAUGGGACAGCAGUGGUCUGGAUGUGGGUCUGGCCAUGCAGCUGCUGGACUGUCACUACUCUGAUGCUCAGGUUCGCUCCAUGGCUGUCAGGAAGCUGGAGACGCUGGAAGACGACGAUGUGCUCAGAUACCUUCUGCAACUUGUACAGGCGGUCAAGUUUGAGCCGUACCAUGACAGCGCCCUGGUCAGGUUCCUGCUGAAGACAGCUCUGAGGAGUAAGCGUAUCGGUCAUUUUCUCUUCUGGUUCCUGCGCAGUGAGAUUGCCCAGUCCAUGCACUACCAGCAAAGGUAUGCGGUCCUGCUGGAGGCCUACCUCCGAGGCUGUGGUGAAAACAUGCUGCAGGACUACAGGAAACAGGUGGAGAUGACGGAGGCUCUGCAGAAAGUCACCCGUGAGAUGAAGACCAUGUCCGCCGAAAAGUACGACAUUACUGCACAAGUUGUGUUUCAGUUGCGUCAGAAGCUGGAGACUCUGCAGUCGUCCGGUCUGCCAGAGAGUUUCAGAGUCCCUUACGAUCCUGGACUAAGAGCUGGAGCCCUGAUGAUCGAGCAGUGUAAAGUGAUGGCAUCUAAGAAGAAGCCACUGUGGCUACAGUUUAAAAGGGCCGACCCCACCACUCUGUCCAAAGACCCCAUCGGCAUCAUCUUUAAAGAUGGCGAUGACCUCAGACAGGAUAUGCUUAUCCUGCAGAUUCUGCUGAUAAUGGAGUCCAUCUGGGAGACAGAAUCUCUAGAUCUCUGUCUGUUACCUUACGGCUGCAUCUCCACUGGAAACAGAAUAGGUAUGAUUGAGAUUGUGAAGGACGCCACCACCAUCGCUAACAUCCAGCAGAGUGUUGUGGGAAGCACCGGAGCCUUUAAAGAUGAAAUCCUCCAUCAGUGGCUGCGGGACAAGUGUGUCAGCGAGGACAAGUUCCAGCAGGCUGUGGAGAGGUUCCUGUAUUCCUGUGGUGGUUACUGUGUGGCUACCUACGUUUUGGGUAUUGGGGAUCGUCACAAUGACAACAUCAUGAUCACUGAAUCUGGGAAUCUCUUCCACAUCGACUUCGGUCACAUCCUGGGGAAUUACAAGAGUUUCAUGGGAAUCAGUAAGGAGUGGGUUCCCUUUGUGCUCACACCAGACUUCCUGUACGUCAUGGGAACAUCAGGAAAGAAAAGCAGCCCCCACUUCCAGAAAUUCCAGGACGUGUGUGUGAAGGCUUACCUCGCUCUUCGGCACCACACCAACCUGCUCAUCAUCCUCUUCUCCAUGAUGCUGAUGACUGGCAUGCCCCAGCUGACCAGUAAGGAGGACAUCGAGUAUAUCCGUGAGGCGCUGACUGUCGGCCGCAGCGAGGACGAGGCACAGCGCCACCUACUGGACCAGAUCGAGAUCUGCAGGGAAAAGGGCUGGAUGGUUCAGAUCAACUGGUUUGUUCAUCUGGUGCUGGGGAUCAAGCAGGGUGUGGAGAAACGCUCCACUUAGGACACUGAGCAAAGAUGAAGGUUUCCUUUCUGGUUUUUAUUUCAUGUAAAUAAGUCUUACAAUAUGGUUCCAACAGAAGACUAAAAAGUGUGUAAAGCUAUAAAAAUGGUCGCACAAAAAGUAAUCUCAGAUACAGUAUAAAGAUAUUUUUAUGGAGAAUAAUGACAGAAGAUGAAUAACUAAGAGAUGGAUGAAAGCAAACAUUUCAACUAUGUUAAAAGGUUUGAAAAACUGCAAAAGUGACUGAUUUCAACCUGUGAAACUGCAUUUAUACAGACUUGGCAACGAGAUGCAUCAGUGCUAAAUAUAGCAAAUAUAUAUUAUUAUCAUACUCUAUAGUGAGGAGACUGGGAGCAGAAUUUUUUUUUAAUUUUUAUUUUUUUACAGGAGUGACUGUUUUCAUUGCACUGCCUUAACCAAGUCAAACAUUUAUUCAAGUUUUUUUCUCUUAUGCUUAAAUCAAAAUUACUAUGACAAUCAUUGCACAGGUCUUUAACUGUUCACAGUUUUCUGCACAUUUUUAACUUUCUCAGAUUAAAAAAAAAAAAGGUUUACUAUCUGCUUAACCAACUAAAACAGUUCAUGCUUAUGAUUUUUGUGAUUAAAUUAGAAACAGUGGAAACAGGAAUCGGUUCUCUACGCCCUCUGGUUUCAUCCUUUACAAAGUCAAACUACUUCCUCUUUCUAGUUGUCUCAUUCAAAGUCAUUUCCUGCUGAGGAAACACAUUUCUGUAAUAUUUCCUUCGCAUUGUUUUAACUUUAAAACAUGACAUGUCACGCUGUUUAUUGGAUUCCUGCUGAAGUAGCGCUGCAGACUGUUGGAUUGAGCAUCGAAGGCUCAGUCUGUUAGAUAGAUAGAAAAUGUUUAAUAUUCAAAACUUUUAGUUUUAUUGAAUACUAUGCAAGGACUAGUGAAAUUAGUUGGAUUCUCCCGGUCAGAGAUAUAAAUUAUGUAAUAUUACUGAAGUGUUCAAGGUGAGAGUUUAUUAUUUAUAUUAUUAACAUCUUUUUGUUUGCACUGAUUGUUCAGGAAUACUUCUUUAAUGUCUGAAAGACUUGGUGCUUAUGAAACUUAAAUUCCAAAAAUAUAUAUUAAAAGUCAAAUGUGAUGAUGAUAAUUUAUACCUCUUGUUAGAUGCUGUAGGUCCUGACCUGUUGGUGACAUUUAGCACAUGCUGGUCAGUGCUGUGGAUUAUAGGAAGGUUUUUUUGCCUUCUACCUACUGAUUAGAAAUAUUUCCAUUAUAUCAUCAAGAGAGUGAGAAUUAAAAUAAUUCUGUAACAUGAUCACUGGAGUUUAAAAUCUCUGUGUGAUCUCAUUAUG